AUGUCUACCCGUCCCGACGCCCAGGAAUCAAGAAACCCCGGAACACAUCUCUCUACCACAAGCCAUUCAUUAGCGCCCGCUGUUUCGUCUAUGCCAGAGUCCAAUGAGUCCCCGGAGGGCGAUUCGAGAGUUUCAUACCCGGACCUCUCCCGCCGUCGGGACGAGGUUCGUUCCAGUCCGAAUACUUCAGUUGGAGAUGCUUGCAUAUACUGUCCGAACGACGACUGUACAUCGCUCACACCGUGUUGUGACGCUUUCGGUGAAUGCGAGCUCAGGUAUGUUGCGACAAAAGCGAAAAAGUCGGUGAAUUCCAACGACAAGGAGAAAAGCAAGAGCAGUCCGGCGCUCCCUGAUGACCCGAAACGCCAUGAGGACUGCUCAGAAAAGCUGUUACAUCGGCUCUGCGACGUUCUGUGUGGCUUUCAGAGAAUCAAACUGCCAUCGGUUCAGUCGUCAAGCCGGGACAAGUCAGUCGGUCAUGUUCCUGGCUCAGACGUCGAAGAUGAAGAAGAUGGCGACCCAUUCCCGGAAACCCUUUCUACAAAGACGGUGCAAAGUAUGGUCCAGCGAAUUAAUAUCGGCAUAGAGAAAAUCACAAAACAGCUCCUGCAAGGCUGGUAUCCUGCCAAUAGCACAGACCGACGUUUUUACGAAUUCCUCCACGAGAACUUUCUCGAGACGAGUGAAAAGCAGGGAAGCGGAUUGGAAGGCAUGUGCGAGGCUCUUGAGAUAUUUCCAGACCUGGCUCUAGCGUCUUCCUUCGUCGGCGCGGAUCAAGAAAUCAUCGCCUCGCUCAUCUGGCGAGCCAUCAUCAGCGUCGUCUUCACGGAUGACUUGGCGGACUUGCUCCAGGACGAGCUUGACUUCAUGAAGUUUGUAAGGAAAUCAAUGCAAUGGGAUCAGCGAGACUCUACUACUAUCCGCGAGUGGACAUUCCAAGCCGUACGAGCUAUAGCUCUAUCGAACGAGUUUGAAGCAAGACAAGAAAAGCGGCUUGAAGAUUUAAGCCAGGCACUUGCUCGACAAUUCCGGUUUCUGCUACACCGAUGGAAUCCCAAGAAAAAGUGUAGCAUACUACCCUUUGCCGAGAUGCUCAAGACGGAAUGUCUUGAACCAGCCUUUCAGUUGCACUUCAGGGGCAUCAUCAGCCGAAGCUCCGUCAGACUAGAGCUCAACGCGUUCCUGGAAUAUGACUUCUACCAGAACAUUGUCGCGAGCAGCCAUUUUUACGACAACGUGGACGACAUGCUGUGUCUAGACGCAUGUGCACAGUGGACUCCGUGGUCACGACCCCAGCGAGACCGACAUGAGGCCAGCCACCCUCUGGUCAAGAAAAAGCUAUUCAACAUUUGCGCCAUGUGUCCCAAGGUCUCAAUCGAGAGAUAUGACCCUAUGACAGGCCGCACUGAAUCGGAGGUUGCUUGUCCCCAGGUCCAUGUCAUUGGGUGGGACGUGAAGAACUUGGGGGGCGAAAACUACUAUAAGCAAGUGGCUCCCAAUCUGAUGCAGCUGGCUUUGGAUUGGAGGGAGAAUCAGCUCAGGAGAUGUAAAGAUCGGAGACGUGCCAGACGCUACCUGGGAAGAGGGAGACGAUAUGUAUAA